CGUAGACCGGACCAGAUCCGAGGGAGCCUAGCCGGCAGCACUGCUGGAGUGGGGCGGAAGUGCGGGGCGCGGGGCUGGCGCCGUGGGUGCGGGCGGAAGUGCCCGGCGCGGGGCGGAAGCGGAGAUGUCGGCGGCGUGAGGCUCAGGAGUAUACAUCAGAGGAAGCCAAAAGCCAGCUGGAAUAGUUCCUGAAUACAGUCUUAAUCUUGUUCGCAAUUAUUUCAAAGGGGAGAAAUCAUCUGGAUCAGAGUCCUGCUCCUACGCCCAGACUAGAGUGCAAUGAUGCGAUCAUGGCUCACUGCAACCUCUGUCUCCUGGGUUCAAGCAAUUCUCCUACAUCGGCUUCCCGAGUAGCUGGGAUUACAGGCACCUGUCACCAUGCCCAGCUAAUUUUUGCAUUUUAGUAGAGACAGAAGUUCACCAUGUUGGUCUCAAACUCCUGACCUCAAGUGAGCCGCCUGCCUCAGCCUCCCAAAGUGCUGGGAUUACAAGUGUGAGUCACCACGCCCAGCCCCCAAUUCUUUAACAUAACCUGCAAGGCCUACGUGAUCUGACCCCUGCUCACUGUGGGUUAGUCUCAUGUCUUGAUUGUAUCCCCUAUUCCUUGGUGUACUCUGCUUAAGCCAUACAGACUUUUCUGUUUCAGUAAAUCAUUUGUCCUCACUUAAGGGCCUUUGCAUUUACUGUUUCCUCUCCCAGUGCAAGCACUUGCUCAGAGAAUACCUUAAUUAAAGAACCUGCCUCAGUCAGCGUCACAUCACUCUGCUACUCUCUCUCCCCUAUACGUAUCACCACCUCAUGUGGCUUGACAUUAAAGAGUCUUUUCACCAGAGCAUGGACCCAAUGAGGGCAACAGACCUUACUUUCCUGUUCAUCACCAUACCCUAGCACCUACAAUAGUAUCUGAUACAUGAAAAAUAUUAGAUAAUUGUUGAAUAAAUAAAUGACUCACACCUAGAUUUUCGUAACUGACUUCUCUUUCCUAUCUUCAUUCUCCUUUUCUUGACAGUCUUUUCUGCAAGCUACUGCCAGAUUAAUCUUCCAAAACACCAAUUUUAUCACAUUCAGAACCCUUCAGUGGUCCCCAGUACAUACACAACACAUCACACAUUGCUUACCCACCAUUAAAACUCCUCCACAGCCUCAUCCUAGUCCACUUUCCAAAGCUUAUUUUCCUCUAUUAUUCAGCAGAAGUCUCUUUACCCUGUUCAAGGUUCCCCCAUCAAAUAGCCAUGGCAUUCCUACCUCCAAUACCUUUGUGUCUAACCCUGAAUUGGGAAAGCUUUCCCUUUUUUCUAUAUAUCCAAAUUCUGAAUGAAAUGAUUUAAGAUAUUUCUUUUGUGAAGCCACCUCCAAUCUUAGCCUGUAGUACUCUUCUUUCCCAUUCUCAUAUGACGUUUGAAUUAUAGGGCUCUGUUGUUGUAUUUCCCGUAUUUCUAAUUUACCUGCACAUAUACAUGUCUUAUCUUCUGACUAAAAUUUUUAGUUCUUCAUGGGUUGGGAUCAACUCUUAUUCAUUUUUAACCCUUUCCAUCUGCACUGUAGAACUAAUGAAUGAAUGAUAUCGGUGGUUCACUAAUCAUUGUGAAGCUUGACAUAAUUUUAUUGUUUUAGUUAAGAAUUCAACACAUUUCUCCUGAAUCUAUAUAACUGAAAUACAUCUUGUUAUUCUUGUUACUUGUAUUAAACAUGUGGAGUUGAUUACUCCAUCUGAGAGCUUUAUUUAGAGGGGAAAAAAUGAGCUAAACACCAGGCAGGAUGAAAAAAAAUUAAUGGUUUAAAGUUACUGAGAACUAGGAGGGUGAAGGGGAGUGUAUCUACUAAGUGAAAGAUAUGUAAAUGCUGUAUACUUUCAGUGAAAUUGUAAUCUUAGGCAAGGCCUGCACUUCAAAUAGCUAAAGAAUGUUUUCACAGAGCAAUGUAUUGAAUACAAAUUAAUGUAGCACCCAUUGAGUGCAAGCAAUGGAUUAGAGACAUUCAGAUACUUGGAAAUUGUCAUGGUAAUAAUUUGAAGGGAAAUAAAGAGUUUUUGUCCCAGGCACUCAUGUGACCAGUACUUUCUGGAGACUGACUCUCUGUUGGCUUCUCUCAUCCCCUGUGUGGCAAGCCUGUUGACAAUGAAAUCUGGAAUUAGAAGCUGCAUAGAGGGAGCGAUAUGAGGAGCUGCUUCUCGGUUCCAGGGCUGGGCCAUUAUGUUGGCCAAUUCAUAGUUUAAUGUGUUGUGUGGAAACAAAUCAACAGUCCAAACUAUGUAGUCACAAUGAAGCUGAGCAUGAUACCAUAUCCAGCCAGGCCCACAGGUGGGUAGUUAGCUCAGGAUCUUUGUUGCAACAUUUUGUUUUGAGUUGGCUCCACCUCCUUAACACUUUCCUCCUGGCCAGGUACCCUGACUGCUAAGACAGAAACACGAGAAAAGCACCUGUGAUCUCACCUAUGCCAGUGAAUUAGAGCUGCACUCCAGAAUUAAAAUGCUCUUGUUUCAAGGAAAUAGCAUGCAACUUGCCAGAUCCUCCUUUGGACUCUUCUUGAGAAACUGCUCUGCCUCUAAGACAGCUCUGCCUGUGCUGACCUUAUUCACAAAGGACCCAUGCCCCCUUUGUGAUGAAGCCAAGGAAGUACUCAAGCCUUAUAAACACAGGUUUAUUUUACAGGAGGUAAACAUCACACUUCCAGAAAACUCUGCCUGGUAUGAAAGGUAUAAAUUUGACAUUCCUGUCUUUCACUUGAAUGGCCAGUUUCUGAUGAUGCAUCGAGUAAACACCUCAAAACUUGAAAAACAGCUCCUGAAACUCGAGCAGCAAAGUGCUGGAGGCUGACUAAUGCCCUCAUGAUUUUCCACCUGCUCUUCCCAUAGGCAUCUUCCUAAGGAAAUAUUUGACCAUGGCCUGAUACUCCUUUUGUCACUUAUACAGAGCCCUAAGGAUGUUCUGAACUUAGUGGUGCCAAAUAAAUGUUGACAUUCCUCUUUUGGUUGAUGGAAGUAUCAGUGUGGGAGCUCUUUACUUAUUGGCAUUUUAUAAAAUAAGAGGAGCAUAUUGGCAGGGAGGGAAUGAUGGAGGGAGGGAGAAGUCCAUUUGUCUUAUUUAUCCUUUUCGUAUUAAUAGAGAAGCACUUUACAUUCACUGGGCAAUGCCGUUUAUAGGAAGAAGCCUCUGCAUUUCUGCUGCUGCCCUGGAGGGCUUAACUUUUUAAUGAAAGAAUAAAUGCUCUUCCACUCAGUAGAUAAAGUGAGAUGUGAAUUGUUAAUAACUGUGCAUGGUCAAUAAAAGGGUGUUUUAAGGAAUA